AUGUACUUUUCUGCUCGCAUCAUUCUUGCCGGUCUGGCUGCUGCAGUGCACGCACAAUGGCAACAUGUGUCUGACGUCGAGUUCCACUCUCUUCUCGACUCGAACGACCUCACGCUUACAGCGUUUGUCAUGCCAUGGACAGCUCCCUGCAAGACCCUUGCUUCGGAGUGGGCGGCUACGAAGUCUCAACUCACUUACCCGGUCGUGAGCAUAGACUGUACUACGAAUCAGACCCUUUGCACUGCACACAACGUGCAUUCUUAUCCUGCCAUGCGCCUCUACCGUGGCCCUCAUGAAUCAGUUCGGUAUAGGGGCCCGCGCAAAGCAUCUGCAAUCGUACCCUUCGUUCGGCGCGCCUCGCUUCCAGCGGUUUCGGUGGUAAAUAUCAAAAAUCUUACGGAUUUGACUGGAAUAGAUCGUGUGACAUUCGUGGCGUAUGUGAAGGAGGACGACCAUGCUAUGAGGUCAAGAUUCAAAAAGGUUGCAGAGACAUUCCGGGACCAAUUUGUCUUCGGGAUUACGAACGACAAGAGACUGGCAGAAAAAGAGAACAUAGCGUUUCCCUCUAUCAUUGCUUACAAGACGGACGUUGGCGAUCAAGAGGUGCUGCAGGGCAGCGUGACCCGAUCUGCCAUUGAGAAGUUCAUUCUUGAGGCAGGGAAGCCACUCAUAGAUGAGCUGACCAGACGAAAUGAAAUCAGUUAUAUGAGUUCCCAUAAACUUCUCGCGUAUGUUUUCGUCACCAACGAGGCCGACCGCACCCGUUUCCGACGAACGCUACACCCCGUUGCAAAGAAGUAUAAGGACUACGUUAACUUCGUCACCGUCGACGGCGAUGAAUACGGCCACAUGGCCGCAAGCCUUGGACUGCAUCGGGGGCAUUACCCGAGUUUUACUGUGUAUAGCGCCUGGAAGGACCAAGUGUUCCCUUAUCCAGCAGUGAAACGAAUCGAGGCGGACAGCAUAGAAGCAUUUCUCUUGGAAAUUCUGCAUGGGAAACGAGCGCCAUGGAACCCCACAGGGCCGGAACACGGACAGCAUGAUGAGCUGUGA